UCUUUAUUCUUAACAAAAAAUGGAAGCUAAAAUUAGUAAAAAAAGGGGAACAAGCACAAAGAAACGUAACUUGCUACCUUUUAAAAACAACCGUGAAUUUAGCCUGCAAUGCGCGAAGAAACGCUUAAGCGGUUCCAGAUUCCGCACGCUAAAUGAGAGACUCUAUACAUCUCAUAGCAGAGAUAAUUACUCCUAUUAUCAGCGAAAUCCCACUUUAUUUAAAAUAUAUCAUGAAGGCUACAGGGAGCAAGUGGAAAAAUGGCCGAUCGAUCCUUUGAACAAAAUAUUGGUUUGGUUGGAAGGAAUUGAAGAUGACCAGGUCAUUGGAGAUUUUGGGUGCGGCGAAGCACGAAUAGCUCAAACAUUUAUAAAUAGGAAAGUACAUUCAUUUGACUUAAUCGCGGGUAACUCUUUUAUUACGUCUUGUAACAUAUCGAAGGUGCCGCUGGACGACAAUUCGCUCGAUAUAUGUUUGUUUUGCCUUAGUUUGAUGGGAAAAGAUUGGCCAUUAUUCAUUCGGGAAGCUACGCGAUGUUUGAAAGUCGGGGGUAUAUUGAAGAUUGUUGAAGUUUCUAGCCGUUUUACGGACAUUAAUAAAUUUAACGAUUUCUUUAACCUUAUCGGAUACAAUAACGAAGAAGAAAUGGAACAUGAUGAAAAUGACAUUUUUACCUUUUUCCAAUUUAGGCUACAAACCAAACAAAAAACUAUACCAGGAGAUAUAUACAGCAAAAUAAGUGAUGUUUUAUUACCUUGUUUAUACAAACGUCGUUAAUAUGGAACAAAGUCCAAAAUGAA